AUGGCGAAGUGGCCGUCGCGCGAGGUGCGUAACCGGCGCGUGCUGCCGCACAUGGGCGCCGAGGGCGUGUGGGUGCCGGAGCCGCCCCGCAGGGUCCACCCGGACUCGUUGCCCACCAUCCCAGAGGCGGUGGGCGCGCGGCUGACGGCGCACCAGACGCUGAGCAGCGUGCGGCAGAUGCGCCGCUUCCGGCAGAUCGGCGUGCCGCGCGACUCGCUGGACCUGGCGCUCAGCGCCAACUACGACCACGCGCGCGAGCUCUUCCCCGAGAAGUGCGACGUGCUGCUGCAGCCCGAGACGCUGGGCGUCGCGACGUGGCGCAAGGACCGCAACGUGCGCCUCGAGCUGGUGCCGCAGCCGCCGUUCCGCGGCCACCCGCUCAACCACGGCGGCGUGGCGCAGCGGCCCAACCCGCACAGCAAGCGCGGCGGCUCCUUCAACCCGCACCACCCCAAGUCCAAGGACGGCUACACGCGCACGCCCUUCGGCUCCUUCUACGCCCACUGA